GUCACCGAGGCACCGAGCAAGAGCAUCAUUGUGCAGCGUUACCAGCGCCCGGGAUGGUCGGCUUUCCGAACGCCGCCACCUGUGCUCUCCUCCUCCACCUCCACCUCGUCAUCUUCUUCUACCUUCCUACUCCUGCCGUCUCCUUGUCCUUCAACUACUCCACGUUCAGCAAAGCAGACCGGAAGAACAUCAAGACCGAAGGCGACGCAUCCUUCAACGGCGACACAUCCACCGGAGAUAUCAUCAUGAGCGCAAACAUGUACGGUAGCAUCAGCCGGGCGUCGUACAACGCCCAGCCGGUGCAGCUCUGGGACAAGGCGACCGGCGAGGUGGCCAGCUUCACCACGCGGUUCGAGUUCCUCAUGUACGCCUCCGACAACGGCGUCAACAACGGCAACAUGGGCAUGGCCUUUUUCCUGGCUGGCUACCCGUCUAGCCUGCCGGCCGACUCUCCUGCCUACAACCUCGGCCUCACUAACCAAAGCGAAGACGCCGUGGCAUCCGGCUAUAGCCAGUUCGUGGCAGUGGAGUUUGACACCUUCAACAAUGGCAAUACAAUAGUAUCCGACCCCUACGACCACAUCGGCAUCGACGUCAACUCCCUCAGAUCGGUGAGCACACUGCCCCUGCCCAGCUUCACCCUCACCGACGUGUCCAGUGGGCUCAAGGCCGCUACGAUCGACUAUGAUAAUGUUUCCAGCAUCUUAUCGGCGACGUUAUGGGUCGUGGAUGGCCUCAGCAAUUACCAACAGAGUUACAACCUUAGCUCCAAGGUUGACCUCAAGAGCGCACUACCGGAGCAGGUCUCCAUUGGCUUCUCCGCAUCCACGUCCAGUGGCUUCUCCGCAUCCACCACGUCCAAGGCCAUCCAAUCGCGGCCUGCGUCGAUGAGGAUAGUGCUACGGUCUUGGUACUUCAACUCUUCGUUGGAACCACGGUCAGCACCACCACCACACUCCCCGGCAGGGCCAGGUUCUCUAGUUAUAGCUGGAUCAGUUGUCGGCGCGACAAUGUUCCUUGUGUUGCUCUUCGCCGCUGCAGCGGCUCUCGUGGUGCGCUGCCGUCGUCGUCGUCGUCAGGAAGUCAUGGAGACGGAGGAGUACUACACAGACUCACAAGGCGAAAGCGAGCCCAUGACGGAGAUCGAGAUGGGGACGGCGCCAAGGCGGUUCCCGUACCACGAGCUCGUGGAAGCGACGAGGAACUUCGCCGCGGAGGAGAAGCUGGGGCAAGGCGGCUUUGGCGCCGUAUACCAAGGCUAUUUGAGAGAACAAGCUGGGCUUGCCGUGGCCAUAAAAAGGUUGCAGUCUUCCAUACAAGGAAAGAAGGAAUACAAAUCCGAGGUCAAGGUGAUAAGCAGGCUGCGUCACCGGAACCUCGUGCAGCUCAUCGGCUGGUGCCAUGGCCAUGAUCAGGAGCUCCUGCUGGUCUACGAGCUCAUGCCCAACCGCAGCCUUGACAUCCAUCUCCAUGGCAAGCAGGGCACCUUCCUCACAUGGCCAAUGAGGAUGAGGAUAUUGCUGGAGCUUGGGUCCGCACUGCUGUACCUCCAUGAGGAGUGGGAGCAAUGUGUGCUUCACCGGGACAUCAAGCCCAGCAAUGUCAUGCUUGACGAGUCCUUUGGAGCCAAGCUAGGCGACUUCGGACUCGCAAGGCUCGUUGACCACGCCGCUGGGAUGCAGACCAUGACUGCAAUCUCGGGAACUCCAGGCUACUUGGAUCCCGAUUGCGUGAACACCGGCAAGGCAAGCGCCGAGUCCGACGUGUACAGCUUCGGCGUGGUUCUACUGGAGGUGGCAUGCGGCAGGAGGCCAAUGAGCCCGGCCAACCAGGACAAGGAGAAGAAUGGCGGCAUCUUCCGGCUGGUCGAGUGGGUCUGGGGACUAUAUGGCCGGGGAUCCAUCCUUGAGGCGACCGACGAGCGGCUGAACGGUGACUACAACGCUGCGGAGGUGGAGAGUGUGAUGGUUGUCGGGUUGUGGUGCGCGCACCCAAACCCGAGCGCACGACCAUCCAUCAGGACAGCACUGGCCACGCUCCAGCCCAACGUCGACCAAGCCUACCAGCUGCCGGUGCUUCCUUCCAAGAUGCCAGUGCCGAUGUAUGAGCCGUUGAGGCCGCUCUCCUGGGCCAAUAUCGUUGGGACGUCAUCAUCAUCCUCCCACACCGUUGGGAUGUCGUCGUCAACGACGUGGUCCAGCAUGCCGAUGCACACCUCUUGUACCACAACCUCUGAUGCUAGCACUUCGACGAACAGUUCGAAGACCUCUUCUUCACUACUCAAACAUCAACACCACACACACACACAGAGAUUGAGCCUGAGGAUUGUGCAUCGUCGCCAGCACCCGGCCGGGAUGGUUGGCUUUUCGGCAGCCACCACUGGUGUUCUCCUCAUCUUCUUCUUCUCCUACCUUGCUACUACUGCUGUCUCCUUGUCCUUUGAUUACUCCACCUUCAGCUCAACUGACGGGAACAACAUCGAGAUCGAAGGUGACGCAUCCUUCAGCGUCGGAUGGAUCGACAUCAGCGCCAACAGGUACAAUGGUAUCGAGGGCAGCAAUGGUCGGGCGUGGUACAGCGCCCAGCCGAUGUUGCUCUGGGACAAGGCGACCGGCGAGGUGGCCAGCUUCACCACACGCUUCACCUUCGCCAUUGUAGGUAACAUAAGUAACAAGGGGCAGGGCAUGGCCUUUUUCCUCACCGCUCAAUCAAGCAUGCCGGCCAACUGCCCCAGCUACAACCUUGGCCUCACCAACCAGAGCCCAGGCGAGCUGGCCUCCGGCAACAGCCGGUUCGUGGCGGUGGAGUUCGACACCUUUAAUAAUACAGAUGUGUCUGACCCUGACACCACCUAUGACCACAUUGGCAUAGACGUCAACUCCCUAGUAUCGGUGGAAACACUGACCCUAGAGAGCUUUGACCUCAUGGACAACUUGACCGCCGAGAUCGAGUACGAUGGCGUUUCCAGCAUCUUAAAUGUGACAGUAUGGCUCGGUGAUGAUAAAAAUGGCCGGCCGAGAGGCAGGAUUUACUGGCUUAGCUCCGAGGUUGACCUCAAGAGUGCACUGCCGGAGCAGGUCUCCAUUGGCUUCUCCGCAUCCACAUCCACGUCUGUGGAAGUGCAUCAGUUACACUCUUGGUUCUUCAACUCUUCGUUGGAACCACAGGCCCCACCAUCACCACCACCAUCAUCAUCACUACCAUCACCACCACCACAGCGAGGCCCAGGUUCUGGAGUUAUUGUCGGAGCAGCCGUCGGCACAACAAUGUUACUUGUGCUCCUCUUCGCUGCCACGGCAACACUCGUAUUGCGCCACCGUCGUCGUGGGAACAUGAUGGAGACCGAGGAGAACUACACAGACUUAGAAUGUGAAGGCAAGCCGAUAACGGAGAUAGAGAUGGGGACGGGGCCAAGACGGUUCCCAUACCAGGAGUUGGUGGAAGCCACGAGGAACUUCGCCGCGGAGGAGAAGCUUGGGCAAGGUGGCUUCGGCGCCGUAUACCGAGGCUAUCUGAGAGGAGAGCCAGUUGGUCUAGCCGUGGCCAUAAAGAGAUUCUCCAACCCUAAGCAUGAGGAGUCUUCCAUGCAAGGAGAGAGGGAGUACAAGUCAGAAAUCAAGGUGAUAAGCAGGCUGCGUCACCGGAACCUCGUGCAGCUCCUCGGCUGGUGCCAUGACCGUGAGGAGCUCCUGCUGGUCUACGAGCUCAUGCCCAACCGAAGCCUCGACAUCCAUCUCCACAGCAAGCAGGGCACCUUCCUCACGUGGCCAAUGAGGAUGAAGAUAUUGCAGGAGCUUGGGUCUGCAUUGCUCUACCUCCAUGAGGAAUGGGAGCAAUGUGUGUUACACCGGGACAUUAAGCCCAGCAACGUGAUGCUCGACGAGUCCUUUGGAGCCAAGUUAGGCGACUUCGGGCUGGCGAGGCUUGUUGACCAUGCCGCUGGGGUGCAAACAAUGACCGCCAUUUCGGGGACUCCGGGCUACUUGGAUCCCGAGUGCGUGAGCACCGGUAGGGCCAGCGCCGAGUCCGAUGUGUACAGCUUUGGGGUGGUUCUACUGGAGGUAGCAUGCGGCAGGAGGCCAAUGAGCAUAACCUCGGCCGACCAGGACAAGCAGAAGAAGGGCGGCGUCUUCCGGCUGGUCGAGUGGGCCUGGGGGCUAUAUGGCCAAGGAGCCAUUCUGGAGGCCGUCGACGAGCGGCUGAACGGUGACUACAACGCAGCAGAGGUGGAGAGGGUGAUGGUCGUCGGGCUGUGGUGCGCACAUCCGGACCCGAGCGCGCGACCGUCCAUCAGGACCGCCAUUGGGGCGCUCCAGUCCAACUCCAAGGUCCACGGAGCCUGCAGUCAGCUGCCGGUGCUCCCCUCCAAGAUGCCGGUACCCAUGUAUGCGUCUCCCCCGUUCGCCCUGGCGGACUUGUCGUCCAACUCCAGUACCACUACUUCCUCCGACGCUAGCACUUCCACGACCAGUUCAAAGGCCUCCUCUUCGCUACUGAAACAUCAAUACUAGUACUACUAGACAUUUGAUUUCUUGUGGGAAGUGUUAAUGUAAUAAUAUAAAGGCCUCUUUUUCGCUACUGAACAUUUGAAUUCUUGUCGGAAGUAUUAUUGAUGUAAUAUGCCAGGAUGGGACAGCUAGCGCACCUUAUGUUCUUGUCCUGGCA